UCGGAUCAACCACCGGAAAAAGUAGAUAUACUCUCAAUUGCUGAUGCAAAAGAAGCGAAAGCGAAAAUCGCGAGGGUCGAAAACCCUUGCCGAGGCUAUUACUCUGAAACAAUAACAGAAGUCGACUACAGAGAAGAUGGAGGGGAAAUUCUAUACGGGGGCGCAAAACGAACUAACUUUUUAUGGAAAAUUAAAACCGAGAAACACGCUCCCACUAUCAAAAGCCUGCGACCGCCGAAAAGACACCUAGACUUGAAAGAUGCUGAAAGAUGGAUGACCUUCGACGACGACGACUUCAUCGAGUUCUCCGUGGACACCUUCAAACCCAAAGUGCAGCUCCAACUGUCAGUUUACCCUUUGGAAGUUACCAGACCCGUGGCGACCGAAAGACUGCGGAGAGCCUACCAGGCUAAAAGUAUCAAAAUCCUGCUGGACACGAUCGGGAUAAAGCCCGAGGACAUGGUUUCGCUGCAGUUACUCCAGCAGUUUUACCCAGACAAAGUCCCUAAGGAUGGUAUAGCCACGAACUAUCUGCCUCUGCAGUUAUUUGACGACGAGGAGUACGAUUGCAGGACCCCCGAGAACUGGCUGGAGCUCGGCGUGAUCAAAGGCACCCGCAACCCUCUCCCCGGCGAAGCUUUCGUACCUGUUGAGCCUCACGAAAUCGAGCACUUCACAGAAGUUUACGACGUGUUUGCGAACUUGUGUCAAUGGGUGAACGUGGCCGUGAUGGAUUACGACCCCGAGACCAAACUGUGGAAAAUAUUGACUCUGGAUGGUACACGGCGAGAGGCCGAAUUGCCGCGGAUUUACGUCAUGUUCAAAGCCGAAGACCCCGCAAAUUUCGCCCAGAGGAUCAGAGCGGCCGUUGAAAAUAGGCGCAUGGCGGAAGCGACGCUCAGAUACAAGUUUUAUUUGAAUACGAUGCUCCUUGUGGAUAUUCCAAAAGUUGGAGACGAGAUCUUGCAGAAAAUAUAUGUUUUGGUGACUAGAAAUAAAGACGAAGAAAUUCCAAUUUGGGGUCAACUCGUGAAACAAGUGCAAUUUGGCUAUCAAGAAAUCCACUGCGAUCUACAGUUUCGACUAGACGCACUAAAAGACCCCAGAUUAUUUCAUUAUACAAAUCUAGCUACAAAAGAAUGGGAGGAGAGCCUCAAAGUCAUCUCGAAAAUCAAAACCGGGAUGAAAUCCUUUACAGGAAUGUCCAACUACUUCAAAUGGAUGAGCAUCUACGUCAUCCCCGAAACCUUCCGAGCCAUGUUCUUAGUGGUAGGAGAAUGUCUGAAAGUCGAGAAGAUGUCCCUCUUCACCAAAAGCUACGGAAUCAAACACAUAACCCUUGACGAAUUCGAAGGUGUUCAAACCCAGUGCACCAACAACGUCAUCCAGUAUCUGCAGGUCCAGUGGGUAGAAACUAUCGUUUAUAACAUCAGAAUGUGCCUGAGGGACGUCGGCAAAGGCUGGUUCGACAUCAACGUCUACAACUCGUUCAUCUACCAAAUCUCCAAACUCAGUCGUUUCAUGGAGUUGGUCAAAUACCGAAUGCAGUAUACUUUGCGCAUCCUAGUUUUAAAUUCGAUUGAAAUGUUUAUAGAUUUGGUCGAGACUCCGUGUUUGCCUUGUCUUGAAGUGGAAGACGACUUCGUGUGGGGGCCCAAUUUACUCGACAGUCCUUUCGUGUCUAGAGCAUCCGCCAUUUUUAUUUUGCAGUUAAAGAUGGACGAAAACGGUGCCUUUUAUUCAACGAACUUGGAACAAUUCGCAAAAGUUUUGCUCAAACUGUACGACAAUGGUUUGACUUUAACCCACAAAGUCAAGCAGGUGCACCCCUUCCUUUUGACCAACUUGAAUUUCCCCAAAGACUUGACUCUUUCUUCCGUCGGUUUAUUGGCAGAGGAGGUAGUAAGCGUGAGGGAUAGAUUCAUCUUCGCCUACGCCAAAGCCGUAAUACCUUUAAUAGCGUUUGCGAAAGAGUUUCAAAUCUACAUAGAGCUUCUGGUUCUGGACGUCAAAGCAUACGUCGAGAAAUUCAGAGACGAAAACCACACAGCGUCAGAAGUGAAGGAGGAAAUUUCAUUCCAUUGUAGAAUGAAAGCGAAUUUGGAAGCUACCUUACCGACGACUAUCAUUGUCGGACCGUUUUUUGUAACGAUAGAGCAGCUUCGCAGUUUUUUAAUCAAUAAACGCCAAGACAUCGCAUCGAAGCUCUUGGACAUGUUCUGUGCGAGAAUGAAGCAGUGUUUUUUAGACGUGUUAGAAGAAUAUAACAGAAUCUACGAAAAACUUAACGAAAAACCGGACAAUAUAGAAGCUGUGUUUGAAAUGCGUGACUGGAUGGAGACCAUACCCAUGAUGGUACGAGCCCAGGAGGAUUUAGUCCGACGCUAUCUAAUCGAGUACGACGUGCUGGACCACUUCUGGUACAACCUCCCCCAAGAAGACUUCGAAAACAAGUGGGAAGCAGUCGGUUGGCCGCAUCGCCUCACCAAAGAAAUCGAACUAAUCGAGCAGUACCUCAAAGAAGAAGAAGAGCGAUUCUACAAGAUCCAACUCAACGAUGAAUACACCCUCCAAGACAAGAUCGAAACUCUAACCAGCCAAGUCGUGCAAAUGUCCAAACAAAAAGACUUCAGUAAAGUGCACGAGAUAGCCGUCGACGUGCGACGUCUGUGGAAGACUCUGAAGGACGCCCAAGAGCAAGGCCAGCUCUUGAACCAGAGGCAAAAGCUUUUCGGGGUUCCGGUGGUACCCUUCGACCACCUUACCAAGUUAAUCAAAGAGUUCGAACCCUACAAAACCCUCUGGAUCACCGCUUCCGACUGGCUCCGCGCGCACGAAAUGUGGGUGGACAACCCUCUGACAAACGUCGAUGGCGACAGCGUCGAACGCACCGUCACCGACAUGUACAAGACGAUCGUCAAGUCGGUGCGGGUCUUCGCGGAGAUCGAAGCCGUCCAAGAGGUGGCAAUUCAAAUCAAAGAGCAAAUAGAAGAGUUCAGGCCAUUGAUUCCGCUGUUGUUGAGUUUGAGAAACCCGGGGAUGCGCCAAAGGCACUGGGAUGCUCUAAAGGACGCGACGGGUAUGGACAUCGUGAUGACGCCGAUUUUGACCUUCCAGGAUUGUCUGAACAUGGGGAUCGCCGAGCACAUUGACAAGCUGGUGGAUAUCGGGGACGAGGCGAGCAAGGAGUAUAACGUGGAGCAUACUUUGGAGAAGAUGAUGGAAGAGUGGCAGAAUUGUAAGAUGGAGUUGACGCCUUAUAAAGAUACGGGGACUUAUAUUAUGAAGAUUUCGGAAGAUAUUCAGCAGAUGCUGGAUGACCACUUGGUGUUGACGCAGCAGAUCAGUUUUAGUCCGUUUAAGGGACCGUUCGAGGCGGAAAUAAAUCAAUGGGAGGAGAGUUUGAAGACUACUUCGGACGUGAUCGAGGAGUGGAUGGACGUGCAAAAGCAGUGGAUGUAUUUGGAGCCUAUUCUGACCAGUGAGGAUAUAAGGGUUCAGCUUCCGGCCGAAAGCAAGAAGUACGGUUCGAUGGAGAGGACCUGGCGCAGGAUUAUGAGAGGGGCUCGUGAUAAUCCAUACAUUAUAAAAUACUGCGCGGAUCGUAAAUUGUACGAGAGUUUGAAAGAUGCCAACCAUAUUCUGGACAUAGUUCAGAAAGGUCUGACUGAUUACUUGGAAACCAAACGGAUGGUGUUCCCACGUCUCUACUUUCUUAGUGAUGACGAAUUGUUGGAGAUUCUUUCCCACGCGAAGAAUCCGUUGGCGGUUCAGCCUCAUUUGCGUAAAUGUUUCGAAAAUAUAGCAAGGCUCAAAUUCGAGGAGGACCUUUGUAUCACCCAAAUGUUCUCCGGAGAGGACGAAUGCGUCGACUUAACCCCGACGUUGUAUCCUACUGCGAACGUCGAACAUUGGCUGCUUUUGGUUGAAAAGAGUAUGAGAAACACAAUCAGGACUAUUCUGGGAAAUGCUUUGAAAACCAUAAAUGAGCGAUCAAGGGCGGAUUGGGUCCUGGAGUGGCCGGGACAGAUAGUGAUUGCGGGAAGCCAGACGUUCUGGACAGCGGGGGUCGAAAAAGGGAUCAUCGACGACGCUUUAGACCAGUUCCUGCAGGAUGUUGUUCUGGUUAAUUUGGACGCCCUCCGCGGCCUCGUCAAGGGCGCCCUUUCGUUCCUCCACCGCGAGGUCCUCUCCGCCCUCAUCGUCAUCGAGGUGCACGCCCGCGACGUCACCCAGAACCUCGUCAAUCUUUCCAUCACCAACAUCAACGACUUCGAUUGGAUUAGUCAGCUGCGGUACUACUGGGUCGAGGGUGAACUCAAGGUGCGCGCCGUCAACGCCGAGUUCCAGUACGGCUACGAGUACCUCGGGAACAGCGGCCGCCUCGUCAUCACGCCGCUCACCGACCGCUGCUACCUCACCCUCACCGGCGCCCUCCACCUCAAGUUCGGCGGCGCGCCCGCCGGGCCCGCCGGCACCGGCAAGACCGAGACCACUAAAGAUCUAGCCAAAGCCAUGGCGCUGCAGUGCGUCGUCUUCAACUGUUCCGACCAGCUGGACUUCAUGGCAAUGGGGAAGUUCUUCAAAGGAUUGGCGAGCUCGGGCGCGUGGGCCUGCUUCGACGAGUUCAACCGGAUCGACAUCGAAGUCCUGUCGGUAGUAGCGCAGCAGAUCACCACGAUCCAGAAGGCGCAACAAGCGCGACUGGACGUCUUCAUCUUCGAGGGGUCGGAGAUCGUGCUGAAGGACUCGUGCGCGGUUUUCAUAACCAUGAAUCCGGGGUACGCCGGAAGGACCGAGCUUCCGGAUAAUUUGAAAGCGCUAUUCAGGCCGGUGUCGAUGAUGGUGCCCGAUUAUAGCUUGAUUUCGGAGAUUUCGCUGUUCUCGUUUGGGUUCAGUAACGCCAAGUUGCUGGCGAAUAAAAUCACGACGACUUUUAAGUUGAGCUCAGAGCAGUUGAGCACGCAGGAUCAUUACGAUUUUGGGAUGAGGGCGGUCAAGACGGUGAUCGCGGUAGCCGGGAAUCUGAAGAGGGAAAAGCCGAAUAUGCACGAGAGCCAGAUUUGUUUGAGAGCGCUGAGAGAUGUCAACGUGCCCAAGUUCCUCAAGGACGACCUCAAGCUGUUUAAUGGCAUCGUGUCUGACCUGUUUCCCCGGAUGGUGGAGGAGGCGGUCGACUACGGGGCCCUCGAGAAAUCCAUCCGCGCUUGUGCCCUCCAGAAGGGCCUGCAGGACGUCGACGAAUUCGUCCGUAAAGUAAUCCAAUUAUACGAGACCACAAUAGUCCGACAUGGAUUAAUGUUAGUCGGACCGACGGCGUCCGGGAAAACAAAGUGCUACGAGGUACUCAAGGCCGCCAUGACUUCCCUCGAGGGCGAGCCCCAGCCCAGCGGCCAGCCCUUCCGGACGGUCUACAGCUACGUUCUCAACCCCAAGUCCAUCACCAUGGGUCAGCUGUACGGCGAAUUCGAUUUGCAGACCCACGAAUGGACGGACGGGAUCCUCCCGUGCCUGGUGCGCAUCGGCGUCGCCGCCGAGAGUCCCGAGAAACGUUGGUACAUUUUUGACGGUCCCGUCGACGCCAUCUGGAUCGAGAACAUGAACAGCGUCCUCGACGACAACAAGAAGUUGUGUUUGAGUAGCGGGGAAAUCAUCAAGCUUCGGGAUACCAUGACGAUGAUGUUCGAGGUUGCGGAUUUGGCGGUCGCCUCGCCCGCCACCGUUUCGAGAUGCGGCAUGGUUUAUUUAGAACCGGCGGUUUUGGGAUUGGAGCCGUUCGUUAAUUGUUGGGUGCGGCGGUUGCCGCAGCUGGCGUUCCCGUACAUCGCAACCCUCAGAGAACUCAUCAACUUCUACGUCAUCCCCGGAAUUGAGCUGCUCCGGAGCCGGCUCCGCGAGAUCCUCACCUCCGUGGACUCCGCCCUCCUUUUCAAAUUCCUCCGACUGAUGGACUACUGGCUUACGCCCAUCUCGGGGCGCGACAACAAACCUCCCCCAGCCGCCCCUUUCCUAGAACUAAUACCCGGUUUGCUGGUACCGUGGGUCGUUUUUUCGGUGAUAUGGACCAUCGGCGCCACCUGCGAUAAUCGUAGCCGACUGAUCAUGGACCGUUGGAUUCGUGACAGGAUGAAAGGGUUCGAACACGGACCCGAGUUCCCGGAACAUGGGCUGGUGUACGAUUACUGUUUGCAUGACGGGGGGUUCACGGACCUCACCGACGAUGGGAACCCCAUGCCGCCGCGGUGGUACGGAUGGAUGGACAACGUGGAGCAGUACGUCAUCACGGUCGACAUGAGCUACCCAGAUAUCGAAGUACCAACGAUAGAUAACGUGAGGAAUGCGAAGAUGAUGGAGAUCGUUUUGAAUAACUACGAUAACGUGAUGUGUGUGGGCCCGACGGGGACCGGGAAGUCGCUCACGGUGGUGGGGAAGUUGAGCAGGAGUAUGCAUAAGAAGUUUAUCUGCGAUUUUAUGAGUUUUUCGGCGAGGACUUCGGCCAACCAGACGCAGGAUCUGAUCGACGCGAAAUUGGACAGAAGACGUAAAGGAGUCUUUGGGCCUCCCGUCCUGAAACGUCAGGUUUUCUUCAUCGACGACUUUAAUAUGCCGGCUCUGGAGGUAUUCGGGGCGCAGCCUCCCAUCGAACUGAUCCGACAGUGGAUGGAUUUCGGUGGUUGGUACGACCGGAAGAACAUCGGCGACUUCCGCAGUAUCAUCGACACCAACUUCUGUGUGGCGAUGGGUCCUCCCGGGGGCGGCAGGAACCCGGUAACCGCUCGAUUGCUGCGACACUUCCAUUACUUGGCUUUCAUCGAAAUGGAGGACGACAGUCAAAGGAAAAUAUUCGGGACGAUACUGAAAUUUUGGAUGGAUCGUAUUCCCGUUGAUAACGACCUGGGUGGGUUGUAUUCGCCCAUUCUGGAUGCGACGCUGAAUGUUUAUAACACAAUUCUGAGGGAGCUGCUUCCGACGCCUGCCAAGACGCAUUAUACAUUCAAUUUGCGGGACUUGAGUAAGAUUUUUCAGGGGAUGCUCAUGUUCAAUCCGGAGAAAAUGGCGAAUGUUAAUUUGUUGGUGCGUCUGUGGUAUCAUGAGUGCUGUCGGGUGUUCCAAGAUCGAUUAGUUAACGACGAUGAUCGACAUUGGUUUGCUGAUUUAUUGAAGGAGAAAAUUAAGACGAGGUUUAAUUUGGAUUCUGGGCAGGCUUUGGGGAGUCAGAUACUGUUUUUCGGCGAUUUUAUCGACCCCACGACGGACUAUCGCGAGUACGACGAGAUCACGGAUACUACGAAGCUGUCCCAAGUCCUCGACUACUACCUCAAUGAAUACAACAACCAAUCAACCCGUCCCAUGAAGCUCGUCCUUUUCCUGGACGCCAUCUCGCACCUGUGCCGCAUUUCCCGCGUCAUUCGCCAGCCCCUAGGGAACGCCCUCCUUCUGGGAGUCGGCGGGUCGGGACGACAAAGUCUGACGCGUCUGGCGACCUUCAUGGCCGAGUGUUUCUGCUUCCAAAUCGAAAUCUCCAAAACCUACGGAAUGUUCGAGUGGCGCGACGACAUCAAAGGACUAAUGUUAAACUCGGGAGUCUACCGGCGAGAAACCGUGUUCUUGUUCUCCGACACGCAAAUAAAAACUGAGACUUUUCUCGAAGAUUUGAACAACGUACUUAAUUCGGGCGACGUGCCCAAUAUUUACCAGCCGGACGAACUCGACAAGAUCUUCCAGGAGAUGAAGGGGGUAGUCCAAGAAUUGGGACUCACCGCUACGAAGUCCAAUUUGUUCGCGGCGUACCAGAAGACGGUGAGGGCCAAUCUGCACACGGUCGUGACGAUGAGUCCUAUAGGUGACAUCUUUAGGGCGCGUUUGCGGCAGUUUCCGGCGCUGGUGAACUGUUGCACGAUUGAUUGGUUCAGUGAGUGGCCGGACACAGCAUUGCAGUCCGUCGCGUUGCAAUUCCUGGAGGAAAUUUCUGAGUUAAAUUUAAACCGGAGAACUAUCGAAGGCAUCGUCAUGGUUUGUCAGUUCAUGCACGCAAGCGUCGUCGAUGCAAGUGUUUUAUACAAACAAGAACUCUCGAGGCAUAAUUAUGUGACGCCCACGUCUUAUCUAGAGCUACUUUCGAGUUAUACAGAUUUGAUGAUAAAGAAACGGACGGCGUUGUCGGAAGGAGUCACGAGAUUAUCUACCGGUUUAGGCAAGCUCCAAAGCACCGCCGAAGAGGUGAAAAUCCUCCAAGCCAGCCUCGAGGAGAUGAAGCCCGCCCUCGAGGCCGCCAAGCUGGACGCCGAGACCAUGAUAGAGCAAAUCGCUCGCGACCAACUCGUCGCCGAAGAAACCAAAGAAGUAGUAGAAAAGGAGGAGAUCGAGGCGUCCAAGAAAGCCCUCGACACCCAAACCAUCGCCGAAGACGCUCAGCGCGACCUAGACGAGGCAAUGCCCGAUCUGCUAGCGGCCGAAGCCAGCCUCAAGUCCCUCAACAAAAACGACAUCUCGGAGGUGCGAUCGAUGAAACGACCACCAGCCGGAGUGAUCUACGUGAUCGAGUCCAUCUGCAUAAUCAAGGGGAUCAAGCCGAACAAACUACCCGGGAAGAUGCCGGGAGAGAAGAUCCUGGACUACUGGGAACCGGGACGCAACAUGCUGAGCGACCCGGGGGUCUUCCUGACGUCGCUGAUGAACUUCGACAAGGAGUCGAUCACGGAGGAGAUGAUCGAGAAGCUGCGGAGUUACGUAACGAACGCGCAGUUCCAGCCGGCGAAGGUGGCGAAGGUGUCGAAGGCCUGCAAGUCGUUUUGCAUGUGGGUGCACGCGAUGUUCAAAUACUAUUUCGUGAAUAAGAGAGUGGCGCCGAAGAAGGCGGCCCUGGCGGCGGCUAAGGCAGACUUGGCGGUCACGGAGGCGGCGCUGGCGGCAGCCAGGGCUAAAAUGCAAGCGGUGUUGGACAAUUUGCGCUCGCUUCAGGAAAAACUAGCGGCGAAAAUCGCCUUCCGCGAAGAAAAGGAAGCUAGUAUUCAGAUUUGUCUGGAAAGAAUGAGCCGCGCGGUUCGUCUCAUCACAGGUCUGUCGGAUGAAAGAGUCAGGUGGUUGAACACUAUUUCAAGUAUCGAAGGUAGCAUGGUCAAUGUAACAGGCGACAUUUUGUUAAGUGCCGGCGCGGUGGCUUACCUCACCCCGUUCACUGACAAGUACAGACGGGGGUUAUUGUCUGAGUGGCUUAAAGCUAUCCAAGAACAAAAGAUUCCGUGUUCUCAUGAUCCUAACCCCGUUUCUAUUUUGGCGGAGCCGGUGCAGAUCCGAGCCUGGCAACUGGACGGUUUACCGCGCGACUACUUCUCCACUGAGAAUGCCGUUUUGGUGUCGAAUUCGAAACGUUGGCCUUUGUUUAUCGACCCACAGGGACAAGCUAACAAGUGGGUGAAGAACACGGAAAAGAGCCAAGGUUUGACCACUUGCAAAAUGGCCGAUAAGGAACUGCAGAGGAACUUGGAGUCGGCUGUGAGGUUCGGCAAGCCUGUUUUGGUGGAAGGGAUCGGGGUAGAUUUAGAUCCGGCUCUAGAUCCGGUUUUGUUGCGUCAGAAAUUUAAACAGGCUGGGACGUGGAUGCUGAAGCUGGGGGACGUGGUGGUACCUUACGACGACGAUUUUCGCUUAUAUAUGACAACGAAGCUACCUAACCCCCAUUAUACUCCAGAGGUGUCCGUGAAGGUACUUUUGGUCAAUUUUACGCUAGUACCCAGCGGGUUACAAGACCAACUACUAGCGUUAGUCGUGAUGCAAGAACGCCCGGAUUUGGAAGACCAAAGAAGCCAACUUAUCGUAGGUAGUACUCAAAUGAAGCAGGAACUUAAAGAGAUCGAAGACCGAAUUUUGUACAAGUUGAGUUCGAUGGAAGGUUCGCCUUUAGACGAUCUCGACUUCGUUAUAACACUCGAGGCGUCGAAGAUUAAAAGCGACGACAUAAAGAAUAAAGUGGUUGCUGCUGAAAUUACACAGAUAGAUAUCGACAACACACGUGCACAAUAUAUUCCGGUGGCAAACAGGGCGCAAAUAUUGUUUUUCUGUUUGUCCGAUUUAUCAAACGUCGACCCCAUGUAUCAAUAUUCGCUGGAAUGGUUUGUUAGCAUUUUUACGGGGAGCAUGGCCGAGACGGAACGAUCGGAGAAUAUCGAUGAAAGAGUUGAGAUAAUUAAUGAACACUUCACGUUCAGCUUAUACAGCAACGUCUGCCGGAGUUUAUUCGAAAAGCACAAACUUCAGUUUGCGUUUUUGAUGUGCGUCAGGAUAUUAAUGGACGAGGGGAGGAUUGAUGCCCACGAAUGGCAUCAUUUUCUAGCCGGAGGGAACCCAAUAUCUGACGAACCCAAUCCCGCCUCCGGCUGGCUAUCUGCUAAAGCCUGGAAAGAAAUUCUAGCCAUGGAAACCCUUCCUAAGUUCGCCCCUUUCGUCGAGACGUUCGCCGAUUACGAAGAGGAUUAUCGCGAGAUCUUCGACUCGCAGGAACCCCACAGUUCGCAUUUGUUUAGAGAGGAGCUCCCCUCGCCGUUCGACGAGAAAUUCUCCAGCUUCCAGAAAAUCAUGGUCUUGAAGUGCCUCCGCGCCGACAAGGUAACAAACGCUAUGCAGGAUUAUAUUUCCGCCCAAAUGGGCCAGCGUUUCAUCGAGCCCCAAACCGCCGACCUCGCCGUCGUCUUCAAGGAUUCCGGCCCCACUACCCCUCUUAUCUUCGUGUUGUCGACCGGGACGGACCCCGCCGCCGACCUCUACAAGUUUGCCGACAAGAUGAAGUUCGGCAAACGCAUGUUCUCGAUAUCGCUGGGUCAGGGACAGGGACCCAUCGCCGAGAAGAUGCUCCACAACGGGACCGAGCUCGGUUCGUGGAUUUUCUUCCAGAACUGCCACUUGGCGCCUAGUUGGAUGCCGCGGCUGGAGCGCCUCGUCGAGAACAUAUCGCCCGAGAUCGUCCACAGGGACUUCCGGAUUUGGUUGACGUCGACGCCGUCGCCCUUCUUCCCGGUGUCUAUACUCCAGAAUGGGAGCAAGAUGACGAUCGAGCCGCCGAGAGGAAUCAAGGCGAAUAUUCUGCGAGCUUUCACGAAUCAGGUGUCGGAUUUGUUGGAGGUGCUGCACGGGGAAGGGGACAAGAAUUUUACGUUUAAGUGGCUGCUGUUCUCACUGACUUUGUUUCACGGGGUGUUGCUGGAGAGGAGGAAGUUCGGCCCGUUGGGUUUUAAUAUACCGUAUGAGUAUACGGACGGGGAUUUGAAGAUAUGUAUUUCGCAGUUGAAGAUGUUCCUGUGGGAGUAUUCGGAAAUCCCGUUUAAAGUUCUGACGUACACGGCGGGGCAUAUUAAUUACGGGGGGAGGGUGACGGAUGACUGGGAUCGGAGAUGCUUGAUGAAUAUUUUAGCCGAUUAUUACAAGCCGGAAGUGGUGGAUCCUGGAUACGUCUUUGAUGUUUUGGGGCUUUAUCAUCAAUUGCCCGCCGAGUCAACUUAUUACGAAUAUUUGGAUUAUAUUAAAACCUUUCCAAUCAAUGACGAUCCAGACUUAUUUGGAAUGCACCCGAACGCUGACAUUACAUAUGCACAGGCCCAAACAUACUCUUGUUUGUCCACGUUGCUAGCACUACAACCAAAGCAAGUCGGAGGUGCAGCAGCCAGUCAAGAAGAAAUUAUCGCCAGUAGCGCGUCUUCCAUUCUUUCCAACAUACCCAAACUUUUCAGUCUCGAAGAUAUUUCAACACAAUAUCCGGUACUCUACGAAGAGUCUCUUAACACCGUUCUUAUACAAGAAGCUAUUCGCUAUAAUCGACUCCUUGCUGUUAUACAAAGCACCCUUAAGGACCUCCUUAAAGCCAUCAAAGGUCUAGUGGUCAUGUCCGAAGCCCUCGACAAGAUGUCCCUUAGCUUGUACAGCAACUUGGUGCCCGACUUAUGGGCUAGCAAGGCCUACCCUUCUCUUAAACCUCUAGGUUCGUGGGUUGCCGAUUUGAACGCCAGAUGCGACUUCCUCAUCAAGUGGAUACAACAAGGCAUUCCCCCGGUCUUCUGGAUCUCCGGUUUCUACUUCCCUCAGGCGUUCCUCACCGCCACUUUACAGAACUUCGCCCGAAAAUACGUAGUCUCCAUCGACACCAUCAAUUUCUCGUUCAAAGUUCUAGAUAAGGCACCACAAACGCGACCGGCCGACGGUUGCUGCAUCUGGGGUUUGUUCCUAGAGGGGGCACGCUGGAAUCCUCAAAUCGAACUCCUAGAUGAGUCCAACCCCAAAGAACUGUACACGGAAAUGUCAGUCGUGUGGAUGGUACCGGAGGAAAACCACGUUAAACCGCAAGGGGUUUACGAAAGUCCCGUUUACAAGACACUGAAACGAGCCGGAGUUUUAUCGACGACUGGACACUCGACGAACUACGUCGUAGCGAUCGAGAUUCCGAGCGAAAAACCGGAAUCGCACUGGAUCAAGCGAGGGGUGGCUUUAAUAUGCGCUCUAGAUUAUUAAAACACAAUUUUUUGUCAAAGUUUUAUUACAGAUAUUUUUUUAAAACGUCAGGUAUUAGA